GGGUGUGAGAGAGGUUAUACCCUGUCUGGUGGUGGGGGGGAGUGAGAGGAAGUUAACCCUGUCUGCUGGUAGGGAGGGGUGAGAGAGGAGGUUAUACCCAGACUGGAGGGGUUGAGAGGGAAGAGGUUAUACUCAGUAGGGGCUGGGCUGGUAGAGUUUAUACCUGGAAAAGGGGAGGGAAAGAGAAAAGACAGGAAUUAUAUAGGGGUAUUCACACGAGGAGGAGCGAAGAGAUACAUUAUACUUCUGAGAUAGAAGAGAAAGAGGAUAUUCUUUAAUUGAAGUGGGGUAGAGGGGUAACAGAAUUGGAACAUCCUGUCAGGAUUUUUGUCCAGUAGCAUCAAAUCCCGCUGUUCUUAACACCCACCCCCCCCCCAAGAUUUUUUUUUACCAGAGACCAGUCAGCAGAGAAUUUAUUUCCAUCAGGAAAGAUCAACAUUGAAGGAAAGGUAGUUUAAUCGGUAGGAGAAUAAAGGUAUUUAUUUUGACAUUAAGGAUUUUGACCAAUGAAGAAAUAAAUUGUUACCAAAAAAAGAGCCAAUGUGGAGUGUCAGGUGAAAGAGCGGGCUUGCUUUCAGAGGUGAACUGAUCCUGGAGUCAAACCAGUCAAUAAAACCAGGAUACUGAAUAACAAAGAUGACAACUACAGCUGAUUUGAUGGAGUUAGACAUGGCUAUGGAGCCUGAUAGCAAAGCUCAGGUCAGUCACUGGCAACAACAGUCCUACCUGGACUCUGGAAUUCACUCUGGUGCUACAACUACAGCCCCCUCUUUGAGUGGGAAAGGGAACCCAGAAGAGGAAGAGGUGGACACCAAUCAGGUGCUUUACGAAUGGGAGCAAAGCUACUCACAGUCUUUCACACCAGAGCAAGUAACUGACAUUGAUGGACAAUAUGCUAUGACUAGAGCACAGCGUGUUCGAGCUGCCAUGUUUCCUGAAACACUGGAUGAAGGGUUGCAGAUCCCGUCAACACAGUUUGAUGCAGCUCACCCAACCAAUGUUCAGCGCUUGGCUGAACCUUCACAGAUGCUGAAACACGCUGUUGUUAAUCUAAUCAACUAUCAGGAUGACGCUGAGUUAGCUACUCGUGCUAUCCCAGAACUGACCAAACUGCUUAAUGAUGAGGACCAGGUUGUUGUAAAUAAGGCUGCUGUGAUGGUUCAUCAGCUGUCCAAAAAGGAAGCCUCUCGCCAUGCCAUUAUGCGUUCCCCACAAAUGGUAUCUGCUAUUGUCCGAACUAUGCAGAAUACCAAUGAUGUAGAGACUGCACGUUGCACUGCUGGCACUCUACAUAAUCUGUCCCAUCAUCGUGAAGGGUUGCUGGCUAUUUUUAAAUCCGGAGGUAUCCCUGCCCUGGUGAAAAUGCUUGGGUCUCCAGUGGACUCUGUUCUGUUCUAUGCUAUAACGACCCUUCACAACCUCCUGUUACACCAGGAAGGAGCUAAGAUGGCCGUACGCCUGGCUGGUGGCUUGCAGAAAAUGGUUGCUUUGCUAAAUAAAACCAAUGUCAAAUUCCUGGCCAUCACAACAGAUUGCCUGCAAAUAUUGGCGUAUGGCAACCAAGAGAGCAAGCUGAUCAUUCUGGCAAGUGGAGGGCCCCAGGCUCUGGUUAACAUUAUGAGGACCUAUACUUAUGAGAAACUACUAUGGACAACCAGCCGUGUGCUCAAAGUGCUGUCUGUGUGCUCCAGUAACAAACCUGCAAUAGUGGAAGCUGGUGGUAUGCAGGCCCUUGGACUGCACCUCACUGACCCAAGUCAACGACUUGUUCAGAAUUGUCUUUGGACUCUGAGAAAUCUUUCAGAUGCUGCUACUAAGCAGGAGGGAAUGGAAGGUCUUCUUGGAACUCUCGUCCAGCUUUUGGGCUCAGAUGAUAUUAACGUUGUUACAUGUGCAGCUGGUAUACUUUCUAACCUGACGUGUAACAACUACAAGAACAAGAUGAUGGUCUGUCAGGUUGGUGGUAUCGAGGCUUUGGUUCGCACUGUCCUCAGAGCUGGUGACAGAGAAGAUAUCACUGAACCUGCCAUUUGUGCCCUUCGUCAUUUGACCAGCAGACAUCAAGAUGCAGAGAUGGCUCAAAACGCUGUGCGUCUUCACUAUGGGCUGCCUGUUGUGGUUAAACUGCUUCAUCCUCCAUCUCACUGGCCUUUGAUCAAGGCUACUGUUGGUCUCAUUCGUAAUCUGGCCUUGUGUCCAGCUAACCAUGCCCCACUUCGUGAGCAAGGUGCCAUUCCAAGACUGGUUCAGCUGUUGGUUAGAGCCCACCAAGAUACCCAACGCCGCACUUCAAUGGGAGGCACACAGCAGCAAUUUGUGGAGGGCGUUCGAAUGGAAGAGAUAGUGGAAGGCUGCACUGGUGCUCUUCAUAUCCUUGCGCGUGAUGUCCACAACCGGAUUGUUAUCAGAGGACUUAAUACCAUUCCACUGUUUGUCCAGUUAUUGUAUUCUCCCAUUGAGAACAUCCAAAGGGUGGCUGCUGGUGUGCUGUGUGAGUUAGCUCAGGAUAAGGAGGCAGCCGAGGCUAUUGAGGCGGAAGGCGCCACAGCUCCUUUGACUGAACUGCUGCACUCCAGAAAUGAAGGUGUUGCUACCUAUGCUGCAGCAGUACUCUUCCGUAUGUCUGAAGAUAAGCCACAAGAUUAUAAGAAACGUCUAUCUGUUGAACUAACAAGUUCGUUGUUCAGAACUGAGCCUAUGGCGUGGAAUGAGACAGGAGAUAUUGGAAUUGACAUGGGAGCUCAAGGAGAACCACUUGGCUACCGUCAGGAUGAUCCGAGCUUUCGUUCUUACCAUUCAGGCGGAUAUGGCCAGGACCCCAUGGGCCUUGACCCGAUGAUGGAGCAUGAUAUGGGUGGACACCAUCCUGGUGCUGAGUAUCCUGUUGAUGGGCUGCCAGAUCUUGGACAUGCCCAGGAUUUAAUGGAUGGGCUGCCCCCAGGUGACAGUAAUCAGCUGGCCUGGUUCGAUACAGAUCUGUAAAUAUAACCUGCAUAAUAGUUGUACUGUCUGAAUGAACUUGCAUUGUGAUUGGCCUGUAGAAUUGCUGAGAGGGCUCGAGGGGUGGGCUAGUAUCUCAGAAAGUGCCUGACACACUAACAAAAAGCUGAGUUUCCUAUGGGAACAGUCAAAGUAAACUUUUUGUUCUGGUCCUUUUGGUCGGAGUAUCAAAGAGAAUGGAUUUGGAAAUGGCUGCUUAUUUUUCAAGAAUGCUCAAGAUCGGAUCAAGAGAUGGAACUUAUUAAAAACCCUAGCCUUGCCUGUUAACUUUUUUAUUAUUUUUUUAAUCUCCGUAAUGGUACUGAUGUAGCUUGCUUUGAAGUAGAUUAGACCAGUAAUACAUAUUCCUUUUAACAUAGUCUUGUAGUGUUACGUUAUAGUGGUAAUAAUACAACAGUUUCUGAUUUUUAAAAACAAGUAAUUGUGUAGAACACUAAUUCAAAUAGAUUAAUUGUAUUCUGAAGUGUAACAUUGUGUAGCUUUUGUAUAAAAAUGUAAAAUUAGACAAGUCCAAUUGCAGUUACUUUUAUUACGCUGAAAAAUGUAAGCAGGUAGAAUGAAAUGUUUGAUCAAUAUUGCUUCAUUUGGGGAUUUUUGGGGGGAUUGUAAGGUCAUUUCUACCAUGGUUACCAUUUCUACCAUGGUUGUAAUAGUUUGAGAGGACACUUGUCCCAUCCCCUCCCUAAAAAGGAACUAUUGUAUCCUGCUGCAAUGCAGAUGCUUCAUGAAAUAUGCGGUUGUAGAAUGGCCAAACCGAAUUAAACUGGACUUAUUUCAUUUUGUGGUUGAGUGAUUUAAUUACCAGGGUACCAUUAUUAAGUUGAUACGUAGGUUUAAGGAAUCGUUUGUCUCGUAUUACAUAAUUUUCAAGUGUGUAAGUUGGUUGAAUAAAAGUGGUUGGCAGUUCCUAUAAUAUUUCUAUAGGAUGUUUCAUUUGUGCAGUGGAUCAAUUAUGGUCAACCCAUUUUUCUAGAAGUCUAUUGUAAAGGGGGCAAGGUCUUCAAAUUUUGGCAAGCCCUUUUUCAUUUUCUUAAACGCAAUGUAAUGUAAUUCACAUUAAAAGGCAUAAUUAAUGA